UCCUCUGAGUGUUGUCAACGUCAAACGUUGUCAGCUGUCCAGCCAGAAAAUACGUGUAAAUUUUGGAUUUUUGCGUGGAUUUCAGACGCAAUGUAGUAUUAAUUUUGGAUAUUAUAACUUAAGUUCCCUUUAAAAAUGCGCUACAUAGUGUUUGUGUUGGUGACGAUAGUGUGUGGAGCCGCGGCAUGGGAUGAUGGAGAUCUCGAAGUUUUUGAUGCAGUGGAAGAAGUUAACCAGAACUUCUAUGAACUAAUGGGAGUGAAGCCGGAAGCAACACCAGCGGAAAUCAAAUCAGCAUUUAAAAAGUUGACAUUAAAGUUGCACCCUGAUAAGAAUGACGCCCCCGAUGCAGAUGUUCAGUUCAGGAACCUUGUGUCAGUUCACAAUAUACUGAAGGAUCCGGGCAAAAGAGAAAAGUACAAUGAGGUGCUCAAGAAUGGUCUUCCAAACUGGCGCUCCGCGGUGUAUUACUACCGGCACGUCAGGAAGAUGGGUCUGGCCGAGGCCGCCAUCAUCUCCUUCAUCAUUAUCAGCUUUGGGCAGUAUUGUGUCGGCUGGGCUGCAUAUGCAGAGAAGAGGUAUACAGCUGAACAAAUAUUGAACAGUCGAGGAAAGAAACAGAAGAAGUCUGGUUUCGACACGGGUCUGGCCGAGAUAUUAGAACAACUGCCAAAACCAAGUGUGAAGGACACACUGCCGUUCCAAAUACCCAGGUUUAUCUGGUGGUCCAUAACAGCACUACCUUACGCCAUCAUUGAGAUUCGGAGAAACAUAAAAGAGCAGAAGGAAGAAGCUAUCAGGCUGAAAAAGAAGGAGGAAGAAGAGGCAGAGCAAAAGGCGGCAGCAGCGGCGGCGACGGCGGCGCUGAAGGGGGCCCCGCGCCGGCGCCGCGGGUUCGUGCCGGCCGAGCGAGAGUGCCUGCUGGACCCAGUUGGAGAUGAUGAUGGGGAGCCGGUGGCUAAACCUGCUCCGGCGGCCCCAGCCGUGAUCAGCGGCGGGCUGUGGACGGACGACGACCUGGCGGAGCUGGUGCGGCUCGUGAAGAAGUACCCCGGCGGCACGCCCGACCGCUGGGAGCGCAUCGCCGACGCCAUGAUGCGACCCGUGCCCGAGGUGACGCACAUGGCAGCCAAGAUGAAGGAUAACUGGUAUAAAAUACCGGGACAAGAAGUGGCCGAGGCGCCGCUUCCUGAGCCACCUAAAAAGGUGAAAACUCGUAAGAACGAAGACGCAGCCGCGACGGGCGGCAACUGGUCGCAGAGCCAGCAGAAGGCGCUGGAGGUGGCGCUGGCUAAGUACCCCAAGGGGGGCGCGGGAGACCGCUGGGAGAAAAUAGCUAAUACUGUGCAGGGGAAGACUAAGGAGGAAUGCAUGCACAGAUGCAAAUACUUAUCGGAUAUGGUGAAGAAACAGAAGCAGAAAGAAGAAGAAGAGCAGAGGGAGGCAGAGGAGACGCACACUGACGACAAUGACAGUGUCUCCAAUGGCACGUAGUUGUGAUCAAUAAUACUUCCGAACUUUUUAUACGCCCACAUCAGCUCGUUAUGUACUUAUGUGGUUUGAUUACAACUUUACUGGUGUGCUAUUCUGUUGCUUCUCACCGCGAGAAAUGUUUCAAAUUUGAUGAUCUAUUACAAAUAUAUUUAAUAAAAUUGUUCUUAAAAAAUCAUACGUCCUAUAUGUGUAAUGUCGGAUCACACAAUCGGAAUUGUUCACCUUUCUUUAAUAAAAAAUAUAUACGCCUGUCUCCAUUUUGCGGUGACGAAAGUUAAGGAAUAAGCAUAUUUGCUGGUAUUGUCUCGUGGUUACCAUCACAAUAAAAUAUUUCUGAAACAGCUCUCUUGUAUUAAGAAGUUUAUGAUGUAAUGGAAUUGAUUCUGUCUUUGGUUACACGAUUUGUUCACAAGUAUUGAAGAUAAAAGGAAAUCCAAUACAUAUCCAAUAUUUGCUUUUAAUUUUGUCCAUAUCACCUGUGUAAAUAAGUUUCACCAAGUUCCUUAUUAAAUUACUUUUUGAUACUGUU